AUGGAAAACAACACAAACACACUAUCUGUACGAUCAGUCCUUGAGAAGGAAAAAUUGACAGGAGGAAACAACUUCCUAGACUGGCAGAGGAAACAACUCCAUGUCAUUGAUAUUCCUCCUCCAGGCCCCCUCCCUGAGGGUGCUACUGCUGAUGAACGAGAAGCACACACAAGGGAUGAGAAUGAUGCAAAUGAUGUUGCAUGUCUUAUGUUGGCAACUAUUAGUGCUGAGCUUCAAAGACAGCAUGUGCAUAUGGAUGCAUAUACUAUCAAUGAGCACUUGCAAAGCAUGUUUGCAAGCCAAACUCGUCAAGAAAGGUUCAACACGAGUAAGUCACUCUUUAAUUGCAAACGAGCGGCAAGUGAACCAGUUGGCCCACAUGUUCUGAAGAUGAUUGGUUACAUUGAGUACCUUGAAACUUUGGGUUUCCCGAUUAGUCCGGAAACUGGUAUUGAUCUAAUCUUGAAUUCUUUGAACAACAAAUUCACUCAGUUUGUUGUGAACUAUAAUAUGAAUGAAUUUGACAAAACACCUACGGAAUUGUUGCAUAUGUUGAGAACAUAUGAGACCAACAUGAAGAUAGCUGAACCUGCUCCCAUACUGAUGGUGGGCAAUAAAGGUAAGGCCAAAGGGAAGGGCAAGUGGAAGGGUAAGAAGAAGAUUGGAUCUGAUUCUACACCCAAGCCAAAGUCAGGUCCCAAACAGGCUUUAUAG